AUGAAAUUUCCGUUUGGGCGUCAGCCCACCAUGGAGCCAAUUCCAGGCGAUCGAGUUGUGCCACUCCAUUUCUUUGAGGAUAGUCUGCUUGUACAGGGUAACAACAUGGCUGUAUCGCUCGUGUUUGAUGCAGUGCUCGACCCAGAAAGUUUGCGUGAGUCCCUUGAGAGCCUGGUCAAGCAAGAGGGGUGGCAAAGGCUAGGAGGAAGACUGAGGAAGAACGCAUCUGGUAAAAUUGAAUGGCACAUUCCAGCAGAGUUCUCAGCCGAGAGACCAGCAAUCUCCUUCGCGCAUGUCGACCAUGGCAUGCCCGCUGCUUCACAUCCAGCAGCCUCCCGGGUACCGAGGCCACAUGAUCGACCCUCUGUCGUCGGUGACCCGGAUAAUCUCGAAGGCCUGGCGUGGGAGCCCGGUUACAAGCCCAACGGGAUAAAUGAUUAUCUCACCUCCGACCUUCCUGUCUUAGGGCUGCGCGUCAACUCUUUCACCGACAAGACUAUUGUAGUGCUGCAGUGGCAGCAUGUUGCCUUCGAUGCGUUGGGUAUGCAGUAUGUUGUCGAGGGAUGGAGUUCCAUGCUUUGGGGGAAAGCAGCCGAAGUAUUGACCCCAUGUGGUCUCGAUUUGGAUCCAUUCCACUCUCUCGCCCAGGGAUCGCGUCCCACCACCGAGGAACACGUGUUGGCUGACAGGAGAGUCGGGCUGGCAGGUUUGCUGCGGUGGGGCUUGGGUUACGGGGUCGAUAUGCUUGUCCGAGCCAAGGAGAACCGCAUGGUCUGUAUUCCGGAGACGUAUUGGCGGCCACAAUGGGAGAAGGCUGUUGAGGAGCUUCGUACUGAGGCUAUUGCGAACGGCGAAGACGCCUCAAAGGUGUUUUUGACUGAGAAUGAUGUUCUGACGGCCUGGAUCUUACGCUGUGUGGUUGGCGAGAUGGGGAUGAACCCCGAGAGAACGGUAGCUGCAUCAAUCGCCAUGUCGCUCCGCAAAUCCUUCGAAGGUGACCUCCUACCAGCCUCCACUGAACAACCCUACGUCGGCAACGCUUUCGGCUGGGCCAAUGUACUUGUUACGGCGGGCGACGUAGCUUCCAAGCCGCUUAGCUGGCUCGCACGGCAGGUACGGCGCGCCAUUAACGAGCAGGGUACGCGUGCUCAACACGAGGCAUACUACUCCAUGGUUCGCACUUCCGGGACCGGCCUGCCCAUUGUCGUGUUUGGGGAUGGCGGCAUGGCCCAAGUCGGUUUCUCCAAUUGGUCGAAAGCUGGCUUGUUCGACUUGGACUUUUCCCCGGCUCGCCAGGGCCCAAGAGAUGAUGGUUUGCCAUGCAGGCCUUCAUAUGUUCAGGAGAAUCACGGCCCUGUGAAGCCUGCGGAUGGUUUCUUUAUCCUCGGGAAGGACGACAAGGGAAACUACUGGACCUCCGCGUGUAAGGUGAAGGGCCAGUGGGCGAAGUUUGAGGAGCAGUUGAGAGAAUUUGACAUAUCUGGUUCCACAUGA